UUUUUCUCUUGCAUUGUCAAUUAGGCUAAUUCUUUCUUAUUAUUAUCUUUAUUUAUCCUCCAAACACACACACACGGAAAAAAAACCCAGAAUAUUUAUUAUCUGUGUUGCCAUCAUGUUUGGCAAACCCGUAUAUGCGUAUGAUUCUGAGGAAGAAAACCAACUUUACAAGGACCACUCCACCACAGACAGCGAUUCUGAUCAUAUUGACAGCGAUGUAGAGGACAAGAUCCUCAGCCAUGUGUAUUACCAAUCCAACAGCCAGGCUAUUAGUCAGCCCGCUGGUAAACCGGACGACCGUAGCCACAGCCAGCAAGAACUCUGCAAAGCCAAAGCCGACAAUGACGAGGAAGAGGUGAAUAAGCGGGAGGAGGAUACCAAAAAUGAUGAUGAUGAUGAGGAGGAGGAGGAGGACAGCAGGUACCAGAUAGGAUCGAAACCUCGCAAACCCCAAACGCACCAGAAACCCGCACCCCAACAGCAAUCCCACGGUGAUCUGUCCUCGGACUCGGAUUCAGAGUCUGAAAUGGCUCCAGCACGAACAGUGGCAGCGGGCGUGAAGCACCAGGUGAACACCAAGGGCACCGUCGCAUGCAAUGCCAGCUCUGCCGAAGCUGUCGACGAAUUCCUCGACGCCCUAGUCACGCAAGCCGAUGGGGGGCUUUCAGACAUGGAGCACCAGCAUGUCCAGAUCGACUCCCUGCUCAGCCCCGCACUCACCCAUGUGGUGACCCUAAAGCGUACGCGCGAAUCCGACGAAUACGAGUACCUCGAUGAGGCAGAAAUCCAAGGACGCAACCGCUAUUUCAUGGAGGAAAAAGAAAUCAUCUGCUCGCGAUGCAAUUUGCCCGGACAUAUAGCCCGGGAAUGCACCGUAGGCAUGCAUCCAGGGACUGUCGGUGGACAGGGACGGUUUGUCACCGGUGUAAUAUGCGCGGACAUAUUUCUGCCGAAUGUCCGCAGAAAUCCAACGCCUAUCGUGGAAAAGCCCAGGGCUGCAGCAGGUGUUCGGCAGGGACUCAUCAUACCGAGGAGUGUGCGAGUAUUUGGCGCAGAUACGCGUACGGUGGAGGUUGUGCCGUGGUGUUAUAAUUGCGCGGCGAAGGGCCACUUUGGCGACGAUUCGGACGGCUUUUGGCGCGAAGAAUUCAGGCUGAUUAUGCUAGGGGUGGUUCUGGACACGGUGGUUCUGGACAUGGUGGACAGGGUGGGCACGGAGGGCACGGCGGACACGGUGGUUAUCAGAAAACGCAUAUUAAUAAUCGCCUCGAUGGGAAUUCUCGCGGUGGUGACCAUGGUGGUCGGAACUAUCUCAUCGAUGCAUAGCUCAAACAAUCGCAGAAACGACUACAGGACAGCAGACUAUCCCCGGUCCAACCAUGGCAAUCAGGGCGGUGGCGGUAACGGUGGACGCGGGUAUGAACCAAGGAGAGCACCCACCUACACCCCGAGCAUCAGCCGCAGAAACCAGAAUAAUGGCAAUAACAAUGCUAAAUCGUCGUCGUCGCAUAAAAAGUUUAAAGACGAUGGGUCCAGCUACAAUGCCAACCGCAACCACAACCGCAGAUGAGUACUUUUUUAUAUACAUAGAAAAUACACCCAACAUUUUACACUUUUUUUUACAAAUACAACGGAUGAAAUCGCACAAU